AUGCUCACGUGCAUCGCCUGCUCCAAGCAGCAGUUCGCCGCCGCCGGCGGCCCGCCACUGCACGAGCCGCCGGAGGACAACGAUGUCGUUGACGGAGGAGGCGGCAUCGGCGGCGGCGGCGCGGCGACGCCCAGCACACGGCAUGCCAUCAAGGCGCUCACCGCCCAGAUCAAGGACAUGGCGCUCAAGGCGUCGGGCGCGUACCGGCACUGCAAGCCCUGCGCGGGCUCCUCGGCGGCGGCCUCGCGGAGGCACCACCCGUACCACCACCGUGGCGGCAGCAGCGGCUUCGGGGGCUCCGACGCCGGCUCGGCCUCCGACCGCUUCCACUACGCGUACCGCCGCGCCGGGAGCUCGGCGGCCUCCACCCCGCGACUGCGCAGCGGGGGCGCCGCCCUGUCGAGUGGGGACGCCACGCCGUCCAUGAGCGUGCGCACCGACUUCCCUGCCGGCGACGAGGAGGAGGACGACGAGAUGGCGUCGGAAGCCGCUGGCGGAUGUGGUGGUGGUGGCAAGGACGACGAUGCCAAGGAGUGGGUGGCGCAGGUGGAGCCCGGCGUGCUCAUUACCUUCGUCUCGCUGGCGCAAGGUGGCAACGACCUGAAACGCAUUCGAUUCAGCCGUGAGAUGUUCAACAAAUGGCAAGCACAAAGAUGGUGGGCUGAAAAUUAUGACAAAGUUAUGGAACUUUACAAUGUCCAGAGGUUUAAUCAAACUGUCCCUCUCCCGACAACCCCAAAAUCUGAAGAUGAGAGCUCCAAGGAGGACAGCCCAGUAACACCACCACUGGACAAGGAACCGCUACCUCGCACUUUCCACGGACAAGGUGGUGGAGCGAUGGGCUACUCUUCAUCAGAUUCUCUCGAGCAUCACUCAAACCACUACAGUACUGGCCACCACCACCAUCAUGGACACCAAUGCUGUGAUUCAAUGGGCCUGGCAUCAACACCAAAGUUGUCAAGUAUCAGUGGAGCCAGGACAGAAACCUCAUCCAUGGACGCAUCAAUGAGGACAAGCUCGUCACCGGAAGAGGUCGACAGGUCUGGUGAGCUCUCCGUGUCCAUCAGCAAUGCAAGCGACCAGGAGAGGGAGUGGGUCGAAGAAGACGAGCCUAGUGUAUAUAUUACAAUCCGGGCUUUACCUGGUGGGAUCAGAGAGCUUCGCCGUGUUCGGUUCAGCCGGGAGAAAUUCAGCGAGAUGCAUGCCAGGCUAUGGUGGGAAGAGAACCGAGCGAGGAUACACGAACAAUACCUCUGA